CCCACCUCCAAUUACACAAAUUAAAAGAAUAUGUUCCACACAAUGAGGGCAAACAAGGGAAGAGAGAGAGCGAGAGGGGAAUUGUGGAGGAGAGGGAUAGAUGGCCAUGAAUUAGUGCGACACAAGUAAUAGUAUUAGUAGGAGUAGUAGUAGAAGGCAAGAGAGAGUCGGCCAUGGCCAUGCCCAGCCAAGGGCGAAAGGGAGGAGGAGCAGCAGGGUUGGUGCCGGGUCUACCGGACGCGGUGGUAGCGCAUUGCAUUCUGCCGAGGCUGCCGUGGUACGUGCGUCCGUGCAUGCGCGUGAUCUCAAAGGCAUGGAGACUAGUGCUGGACGACGAGGAAAGUGCCUGCUUGCUGGAGUCUCGCACCAAAGAGCUCUACAAACCCCAGGGAUUGUUCCUCAUCCACGAACUCCUCCGCACCUCGCCGGGCAUGCCCGCGCACCACGAACAUGACGACGACGAGGAGGAGAGCGAGGGAGGAUCGGCCACGCUACCCAGCGCUCGGCUCUCCUCCCACGAUUCUGACGACGAGCCGUCUGAAAUCUUCCUUCUGCGAAAAUAUGCCAUCGAAAUGUGCGACGUGCGUGACGGAUCCUGGCAUCGGUUGCCCCCGAUUCCAGGAUAUCCGUCUGAAAUUCCGUCCAGAUGCAGUUUCGUGUGCGUCGAUGGGAAGCUGUAUGUGAUGGGAGGCAUUCCUGACAGUACUAAAGCCAAAGAUAGCGCCGAGAUGCACAUGCUUAACGUUGGAUUGGGCCAUUGGUGGUGGGAACAAUGUGCCAGCAUGCAUUUCUCGCGGGCAUACGUAAAAUGUGCUGCUCAGGGCGAGCAUAUCUACGUUGCAGGGGACACUUGCCCCGCCGAAGUUUACGAUGUCGGUGCCGAUCGGUGGCACCGCUUGCCUGACAUGGUCGAUGUUCAGUUCUUUUGCAAUGGGAUGCUCGCACUCAACCACCAGAUCUAUGCUUUUGGCUACGACAUCCUUGACCCUGAUGUUGUGGUUGAACCAGAUGUGUACUCCGCUCAAGUGUUCCAUCUCUUGUCCGGACAGUGGAGCACUGCCUCCUUCGCCUUCUCCAAGUGCUGCACCUCCGCUUCCGGCCGCUUGAUGCUUGAUCUCGUCGACGGAGCCCUAGUUGUCUUCGACACCUCAUCUUGCACCUCCACCACCCUCCACGGCACAUUGCUCGAUGUGGUUGGCAUGAGCAAGGGGUGGAGACAAGAAACGGUGCGCUUUUUUAUAGAAAAUGACUACAUCCACCUCACACCUUGUCAAGUGUUUGAUCUUGUAGUGCUUGAGGUUGCUCAAAAACCUCUUCAAGUGUACACUCUGGUUUCUCUCCAUGGAUCACGGUUACGCACACUAUGGCGGGGUAUCGUGGAUUUGGAUGCUUGCAAAGUGACAUGGGAUCAAAUUAUCACUUGUCGUUUCAGGCUUUGUCAACUGGAUUCGGAGAACCUAUCUGAAAUAUGCUGCAUGUCCUCAUAAAACUCGUGAUUUUUUUGCGACUUAAAGAAAACCAUGCUGAAUCUGACAACCUUUUAUCAAGAUUGAAGUAAAAUUAAAGUGCUAUAAAGAUAAUAGUUAACCAUACUAUCUUUAAAAUGCUAUAAAGCAUAAUUGAAAUGGUUUACUAUUAACAUUACAGCUUGAGGCAGAUUAUUCAAGCAUUAUCUCGAAAAGUCUUCAUUCUAUAUGUUAAACCAAGUUUUUGGAUUGUGUUUUGAUUU